GGAGUGAAUAUUCUGGAAGGAGGCUUUAAAGGCGUAGGGCGUUCAGGAGCGGCCGCCGCCUGGGCCGGGAAGGGGCGCGUUGGUGGCCGGAAGCGAGCUGCGCCGAGGUCGUCGCGGAACCAGCUGGUGACCCCCGCAGGAUGAACCACAAGAGCAAGAAGCGGAUCCGCGAAGCCAAGCGGAGUGCGCGCCCGGAGCUGAAGGACUCGCUGGACUGGACCCGGCACAACUACUACGAGAGCUUCUCGCUGAACCCGGCGGCGGUGGUGGAUAAUGUGGAGAGGGCAGACGCACUACAGCUGUCGGUGGAGGAAUUUGUGGAGCGAUACGAAAGACCUUACAAGCCCGUGGUUCUGCUCAGCGCCCAAGAGGGCUGGUCUGCGCAGGAGAAAUGGACGCUGGAACGCCUGAAAAGGAAGUACCGGAACCAGAAGUUCAAGUGUGGGGAAGAUAACGACGGCUACUCCGUGAAGAUGAAGAUGAAAUACUACAUCGAGUACAUGGAGAGCACGCGAGAUGACAGCCCCCUGUACAUUUUCGACAGCAGCUACGGUGAACAUCCCAAGAGAAGGAAACUUCUAGAAGACUACAAGGUGCCCAAGUUCUUCACUGACGACCUUUUCCAGUACGCAGGCGAGAAACGCCGGCCCCCUUACAGGUGGUUCGUGAUGGGGCCCCCACGCUCCGGAACCGGAAUCCACAUCGACCCCCUGGGAACCAGCGCCUGGAAUGCCUUGGUUCAGGGCCACAAGCGCUGGUGUCUUUUUCCCACCAGCACGCCCCGGGAACUCAUCAAGGUGACCCGAGAAGAAGGGGGGAACCAGCAAGAUGAAGCUAUUACCUGGUUCAACGUCAUUUAUCCCCGGACACAGCUUCCCACCUGGCCACCUGAAUUCAAACCCCUGGAAAUCUUGCAGAAACCAGGAGAGACUGUCUUUGUACCAGGAGGCUGGUGGCACGUCGUUCUCAAUCUCGACGCCACCGUGGCCGUCACCCAGAAUUUUGCCAGCAGCACCAACUUCCCUGUUGUGUGGCACAAGACGAUACAGCACGGGCAGCGGCAGUGCACGCCACCCCCAGCCACCCCGUGCCUCUGUGUCCCAACCCUGACCUGGAGGGACCAGCUCUCGGGGAUCCUGAAGCAGGAGCGGCCCGAGCUGGCGGUCCUGGCGGACUCCGUUGACCUGCAGGAAUCCACGGGAAUCGCCUCGGACAGCUCCAGCGACUCGUCCAGCUCCUCUAGCUCCAGCUCGUCCGACUCCGACUCAGAGUGCGAGUCGGGGUCCGAAGGGGAUGGCACGACGCACCGCAGGAAGAAGAGGAGGACCUGCGGCAUGGUGGGCAACGGGGACACCGCCUCCCAGGACGACUGCGUGAGCAAAGAGCGCAGUUCCUCCAGGUGACCGGGCGCCGCUCUGGGCUGUGUCGGAGGACGUGCCAUCGCGGCGGCCAGGGCCCGGGCCCCGGGAGGGCGGCCUGUCGGCCCCUGCAGGCCCCGGGAGGGCCGGCGAGUGCGGCCGCUCCUGGAAUGAGUCCGCUCACGUAGCGUCUGCUGCAGUAGCUUGUCUGUCCGCUGCCGGUGCAAAUUCACGUGGCUUGUUUCAUGCGUAAAGGCGAGGAUCUGUGUGGAUGGUGCCAAGGAAGCCCUUUCCAUUAUUUAAUAAAAAUGAAAUGCAUUUUA